CAAUAUCUAAAUGUCAGUUCAUUUUUAUAUUAAUUUCUUUCAAAUGAAUGUAUUUUGCUUGUAUCCAAUUGUAGUUCUGGCUUCCAUAACUUUAAUGUUGAUAUUUAUUUUUUUGAUGUUUACAACGCAUUAAAAAAGAUUAAACAUGCUUUCAUGCAGGACACUACUAGGCAAUCUUAGACAACUCCACCAAUGCUGCAUAUCAAAACAAGCAUUUCAUCGAAAUUAUUAUGCUCAGUCUUAUCUUUGCCAACAACAUAUUCCUCAAAUCAACAAUGUGUUGAGGGAACAAGAGUUCCCUUUUGCUUGUGCACGACAUGGGACAUUUAUUCAAGAGGAACCUCAAUUGGGAAACCAAUACCUGGAGGACCCACUGCUUCAGUCAUAUUUGAAAAGACAUGUCCCUGAGAAGGUAUUCAAAGCCAUUCAACCAGACCUUAUCAAGUUUGGAGACAGAGUGGCAGGCGAGAUGUACCAGCUUGGUCGAGAAUGUGAAAUCCAGGAGCCCUACUUGGAGCAGUACUCGGCCUGGGGAUGCCGAAUAGAUCAGCUUGUUACAGGACCUGCAUGGAGGAAAAUGCAUGACAUCUCCGCGGAGGAGGGGCUUAUUGCUAUUGCUUAUGAAAGAGAAUUUGCUGAAUGGAGUCGUGUGUACGGAAUGGCAAAGCUCUAUCUGAACUGUCCAUCAUCGGGACUAUACUCCUGUCCUCUAGCAAUGACUGAUGGAGCUGCUAAAAUCAUUGAGAGUCUUGGUGAAGCCAUGCCGAGUCUUCAGGAACAAGCGUUUAUGCGGCUGACAUCUCGUGACCCACAGAAGUUCUGGACGUCUGGACAGUGGAUGACAGAAAAACGAGGAGGAUCAGAUGUUGCAAAUGGCACAGAGACAGUGGCAGUAGAGCAAGCUGAUGGUUCAUACCGUCUGUACGGCUACAAGUGGUUCUCCUCAGCAACAGACGCUGAUAUGACCUUCACCUUGGCCAGGGUUGUUGACAAACAUGGACAGACAGUGCAGGGUACAAAAGGCUUAUCACUCUUUUAUAUGGAGGUACAUAAGGAGGAUGGUUCCCUAAAUGGUAUAGAAAUAGUGAAGUUGAAGAACAAGCUGGGUACCAGGCAGCUUCCUACUGCUGAACUUCUGCUAGAUGGCGCUGUAGCCUGGAUGACAUCGGAUGAAGGUAGAGGGGUACCGGCCAUUAGCAAUAUGCUGAAAAUCACAAGAAUGCACAACUCCUUGGCUGCAGCCUCAAGUAUGAGAAGAAUGGUGAACCUUGCCCGGGACUACAGUACAAGAAGGAAGGCCUUUGGACGCACACUGAAGAACUAUCCUCUCCAUGUUAGGACCUUAGCCAGUAUGGAGGUUGAAGCUAGAGGUGCCCUAAUUUUGUGCCUGGAGAACACACGACUGCUGGGGAGGGAGGACUGUGGUAUUGCCGAUGACCAAGAUGAAAACCUCAUACGGCUGCUUGUGCCCUUGUCUAAACUGUAUAGCGGCAAACAGGCCCUGACAGUUGCCACAGAAGGCUUGGAGAGUUUUGGUGGCCAGGGUUACAUAGAGGACACUGGACUACCAUCCAUCCUAAGGGAUGCACAGGUUUUGUCAAUCUGGGAAGGCACGACAAACAUUCUGUCCCUUGAUGUACUUCGAGCUAUUGCCAAGUCGAGGGGCGAAGUCUUGACUGCCUUUGUGCAGGAUGUGGCCUCCAGAAUGAGCCAUGUCAGCAACCCACACUUGGAAAAGUCUGCUGAGAAGGUGGUGAAUGCGAGCCAGGCAAUUGUCCAGUUUGUGCAGAAGAAUGCCACCAAUCAGGAUGUGCUGGAGUUAGCUGCGCGAGACCUUGCCUUCAGUCUGUGUCGAACCUAUACUGGAGCGUUGCUAGUGGAUCAUGCUGCAAGUGAUCUGGGAUCAGCGCAGGACAUCUAUACGGCAAAAAGAUGGUGUGAGAAGGACCUCACUCUCAUGGUAACCAAUGACAACAGUGGUCACUAUGGCAACAAGACCAGCAGCUUGGAUUUUGACCUUGUGUUUGAUGGAUAUACAGACAGAAACAGGCUAAAAUAAAUGACCAAGAAAUAAAUAAGCAAUGGCUGAUCCAUUAAGAAAAUAAGAUGAGGUCUAGUCACCUUUGUGUUGAUGUCAUGCAAAAACUUUAGUCAGAACCGAAUUUACUGAUAUAAAACUGUUCAAUAUAUAUUCAAAUUAAUAUGUGUAUAAAUAUGUGUAAUUAAUAUGCAUAUAAAUUUGGGUAUAAAUGUCACCAGUGAUAAUUUUUUAGCAAGACCAACAACUCUGGUUAUAAUUCAGAUUGGGUUAUGCCUCUUGUUUAACUGAACAACAUAAACAAGACAAGUGUUUGUAUUCACUUUUGGUGCACUUGUUUCUCAUUUAUUAGGUUAAUCUGGAUUUUAACUGAACUUUAGAGUUUUAGCCUAAACGUUUUGUCAUUUAUUGGGUAAUGGGAUUUUCACUAGUGAAAAUGUAGAACAGAUAUAAAUAUAUUCAUAAAAUUCUUAAGGAUGUAAAUAAAAUCCUAUACACAUUGACUGUGAUAUAUUAUGUAUUUGUAUUGCCUAAAAGUCUAAUUACAUAUACGGGGUAUGCUGAAUAUGUUCGUCAGUUUUUCAUGCGCUUGCGUUUUAUUUCAUACAGGUAUGCUGAAGAUAUUCAGAUUAUAAGUAUCUAUCAUGUGUUUCCGGAACGAAUAGAAAAAUCGGACCCGAGGGCACGCGCCUAAGCCGGUAACGAGGCUUGCCGAGGGUCGGAUUUUUCGAUCCGGACCGGAAAUAUGAUUGAUAUUUUUUCUUGCAUACCUAAAAUUAUGAAUUUGUAGAAAAAUUGACGUACCAAACGCACUUUUGUACAUUUCACCUAAAAGCACGUGCAACUUUGUUUACCGACGUCAUAAAGCCCAGAGUAAUUCUAAAUCACUAUUGACGUCAAAUAGUUCCCUCUAAAAGUCACGUUUUUACUAUUAUUUAUUGUCAGUUUUAAUCAAACGUUUUGCAUACUUAUAUAUUUGAUUGCGCUUUAUUGAAUAUACUUUUCAUAAACCAUACAAUAAAAGAAAUAAGAAGUGGCGCGUUGUUGCCCGUGACUCAUCUUACAUUGGGUGUAAGAUGAGCUUUUCCAGCACCGGUCACAUGAUCAGAAACACAUGUCCGAUAUGCAAGAAUAUUAUUGUCGGAUAACUUAAUCAAGUAUUAACAUAUUGUUGACAACGACUGUCAAUGAAUAUAAUUUGUAUGUACAUGUAUUAUUAUUGUUACUACCUUGUUUUAGUACAUAUCUGGUGGCCAUUAUCAAAUUAAAUUGAAUGAUUAUUGAAUGAUUAUGUUAAAAUAUGCCAAGUAUUAAUUUGUAUUGCAGAAUCAA